CAGUCAUCGAAUUACCGGCCUCAUUACCUCACUCCAAACAAACUCGUCCCCGCUGAAUUCUUUCUUCAUUUCCUUAAUUUCUUCAUUUCCAAUACGCACACUUAGACGAGCGCACCGCGCAUGCCAUGGCGUCCGUCGCAAGCCUUCCCAAUCCCCCGAAGCCUCUUCCACAGGUCCCGGGCCCGAAGCUUGCCCCCUUCACCGCUACAGCGCACGCCGAUAUUGAAUUUAUCGAGGAACUUGGAAACCCCGACAGCGAUGUUGAUUCCAGAGUGUGGAAGGUCAAAAUCAACGGAUUGGACCCGUACUAUGUCCUAAAAAUGUUUCCUUUCGCCUUGCCUAGGUAUCUCGGGAGUACUACAGGCCGAUACCUCACCCGUCGCCUUUCCUCACCGCUCCAUUACAUCGACUUCCUCGAUCCUUUCAACUGCGAGUGCCGCGUCUACGGGCGUCUGAAGCAGGAAGGCCGUGAAGAUCUCGCGGUUCGCGCAUACGGCUACCUCCUCCUUACACCCCAGCAGGAGGCCGAAGUCGCCGAGGUGGCUAGUGGAACGGAUAUUCUUCCGCAUGUCCCAGCCAAUACCGAGACCGUCCUCGACGGCUGCAACUUCUGGGGGCGGUGGGAGGUUCACCGUCAUCUACCUGUUCGCGCCAUCGUCAAAGAGCUAGUGACGGACUACACGCCGUUCGUCCCGUCGAGGCUACACGACCAUUGGCGGGACCUGGAAGACCUCCACAAGUUGGGCAUUCUCGUGCGCGACAUUGGCCCCAGGAAUUACAUGGCCAGCGGGAAACUCAUCGACUUCAGCCGGUCCUGGACGAUGCCCAGUCCGUGCUUUGAAGCCAUUGACCGCGUAGAAUUGCUGAGGCAGAGGCAUAAUGACGCUCUGAAUCUUCACGUGUCCAUUGUCCACUUCGGAAUGGGAGAGAGGUGGGACUGGGGAGAUCCAGGAUAUGAUGGACCAACUACACUGGAAGCCCAUUACGGCGUCCCGGACGGCGACCCGCUCGGCUACUACGGGAUCGACCCGACGGCUUAUGACUGGCGCAGGUGGGAGGACGACCCAAAGGCGGCUGAUGCGUUUCUGAAAUACGAGCUAUACGCGGCGCCCGAGUCCCAGGACGAUGAGGGAGUGCAAAAGGAUAAUCUGCCGAAAGCUGGGGGAGCCGGAGGAGAGGAAAUUGCAGGUGUUGUGGAUUGUUGAGGACACGUGAUUGCGGCAGGUUGCAAGAGGUCUGGGCGAGAAACAAAACGAUAAUGCGAACACGACUGUUGACGGUGGAGUCUCACGCAGGCAGAAUCCCCCACCAGCAUGGCUGUAGUUCGACAAGUGACCAUUCAGGAUGAUUCGUGCACAGCAUUCAAGGGCCGCUGAACAAUGUAAGAUCACCGGUCCUAGGCCACAGCCGCGAGCAAAAAAACAACCAAGAACCAACAGCUGCAUAGGGGACACAAACCAACAGCAGCUAAGAGGGCCUACAACUGGAAGGUGAUAAGUGGAGAACAGCGAUACUGCUGCUGCGCCGCCAUUGCGACUUAAU